CUUCAACUCCUCCCUCCCAAAACCCUUCCUCUAGGGUUUCUCUGUCUUGGAACCAUAUCUCUCAGUCUCGAUAGUAUCCGCCGUGAUCUUUUUGCGUAGUCGUAAGCAAUGAAGAUUAAGACGUUAUCGAGAUCGGUUGAUGAAUACACUCGAGAAAGAAGUCAGGAUCUUCAGAGGGUCUUUCACAACUUUGACCCAAGUCUUCGACCUAUGGAGAAGGCUGUGGAAUACAAGAGAGCUCUUACUGCUGCCAAAUUAGAAAAGAUAUUUGCAAGGCCUUUUGUAGGAGCAAUGGAUGGUCAUCGUGAUGGAGUCUCGUGUAUGGCUAAGAACCCAAAUUACCUCAAGGGAAUCUUCUCAGCUUCUAUGGAUGGAGAUAUUCGUCUUUGGGAUAUCUCUUCAAGGCGUACAGUUUGCCAAUUCCCUGGUCAUCAAGGUGCUGUGCGUGGCCUUACAGUGUCAACUGAUGGCAAUGUAUUGGUUUCAUGCGGAACUGAUUGCACCGUUCGUCUGUGGAAAGUUCCUCGUCCUACACUUGAAGAUUCUAGCGUUUCAUCUGAAAAUUUCAUUGAGCCAGCUGCGGAAUAUGUCUGGAAGAAUGCUUUCUGGGCUGUUGAUCAUCAGUUUGAAGGUGAGCUUUUUGCUACGGCAGGANGCUUCUGGUAUAUCGAGAUUCAUUAA